CAGGCUGACACCUGGCUGCCACAGCCUAUAACCGGCGGCAGCAGCCUUCCAGUUUUGACAAAUCUUGCUAGCCAACGCUAGUCGAUGUUAAUCAGUCGCUUGUGCUGACUAGAAACUAGAAACUAGUAGCUGGCUAGCCAGGAUGACCAGGAUGGUCAGGUUGAUCGAUCGCGAUUGAGAUCUGCUCCCCGCUUUGGGGGGGGACUGUCUGUCAUACCGGGUCAGAUCGGUCAGCUGAAGGCCUGAAAGCCCAGUUCGUAUUUGUCUGCAGCCUCUGCACUUUAUAAGAAGAUCAGGCAUUCCUCAUGGGUUCAUUGUUUGAUAGCCACCAGCUUUAUUGUCUCUGUCCUAUUGUUCUCCCUCCUCUACGGACGACCACUCACUACUCCCACUGCAAAGACCUCCUUCUUUUUUGGCUUUCCAUCAUGAGCUACAAAACAAACUAUGAGCUUUAUGCUCGUGCCAGUCUCGAUCUCAAGAGACCAUACCCCUCUGAGCUCGUUCUCAACCCGCUCGGCAACCUUUACCCUCACGUUUCCGCUCUUCAGCUGCAAUCCGACUCGGAUGCCUGGUCCAACGCCGGCUACUUCACCGGAUACCAUCAUGUUGACUACUGGGCGAGAGCCUAUGCCACCGAUCCCAUCGAGGAAGAAUACAUCUCGAAAUCCCGCCGGCUACGCCGUAACAGUGUGGUCAACAAGCUACGACGAUUCCUCUUCAAAGAGCCUCGCAGCCCCUCGACGGAAACAAUGGUCCGAAAGCGACCCCACUCGACUUAAGCGAUAUAUCUCUCUCCUUCCACAUCAUUUCCUACAUGUCAUAUCAUAGCUUAAUGGUUUUUUUUUCGGUUUCGGUUGGACAUCAUAGCAGAGCAUAGUUAGUUGGGAUACCCUGGUCACCACCAUUGCAUAGUCUUUUUUCCUUUGUCAUUUCGUUCUUUCAGCAAGGAGUUCCGGUCAGCCAUCUA